AUGGAACGAGCUACAGCCGCCUUAGGGCUCACUCUGCUGACCCUUGCUCGAAGUAAUUCCAAUGGUUCAAGUGAAUACGAUUACAGUCAGAAGGGCAAAAACUUUGGUGAAAUCGAUGCGCGGUGUAAUGGGUAUCUUCAAAGUCCCAUCCGGUUGGAAACGAAAACUUCAGUCAGUCCCACCGAAUCUCCACAACUUAUUUUAGAAGGAUAUGCCAUGAAUCCCGCUCAAGUAGUUGUACUCAACGAUGGAAAAACAGCUUCCUACAGCUUUCAAUAUGCCAACGAUCGCAACAUCGUAGCCCGUGGAGGCCCCCUGCAUGGCAAUUAUGUCUUCGCCGGCUUGCACUUCCACUGGGGAACACACUCUCAUCGGGGAGCAGAACAUAAGGUUGACAGACUAACCUACGCCGCCAUGGAGAUGCAUCUGGUGUUCUUCAAUCAGAGAUACGGGAGCUUCGAGAACGCCCAAAAUAAAACACACGGACUAGCAGUAUUGGGCGUACUCUUCUGCAGAAAGCUAAUUAGAGAUCCACACUAUCGCUGGAUCGACGCUUUGAAUCGGGUUCAAAACGCACCGAGCACUUACACAUUACCGGAUCCGACGGCGUUCAACAUUAAAAGGCUGAUCGGAUCCCGUCGGCGGCCUUACUUCUCGUAUCAGGGAAGUUUGACGACACCUCCGUGCCACGAAACCGUCACCUGGAUCGUGCAGAAGAAACCUCUACCAAUCACCGAGAAUCAGUUGAAUGUGUUCCGAUCAUUGAGGCAAACGAAUGGUGAACCGCUGGUGGAUAACUACCGGAAACUGCAGCACCGGAACGGACGACACGUUUAUCUUUACCAGUGAGUUGAUAGCCUUUAGAAAGGCCUCCAAAAAAUGCCUAGGCCAUAAACGAGCAGAACUAUUCUUUGUCGAUACAGCAAAGUGUAUAGUAAUUUAGCCAAAGGCUUUGGUGUAGUGGGGAAAUUUAAAUUCUUCUAUGCCAAGGUCCAUAAAAUGGAACUCAAGUUAGAUCAAGAUCAGUUGGAUCUCAGUGAGUCUUGUUGUAGCUUCAGGAAAUCCAUUUACUGAAAACUAAGUGUACAAGUGUUGUAGUUCGGGAGGUUAUAAC